AUGUGGGUACCCCAGAAGAGGGGCGAACCAAGUUCAUGCAACGAACCUACCCACGCGUACGAUCACUUGCUCGGAGCCGCUCGGCUGCUGCAUGCGAGCAGCCGGACAAGCACCGCAGAGUCCCUUGAUCAGGCUCGGGUGCUUGGCGCCACCUUCGCCGGCCUCGCUCCACUAGCGGCCAGCAGCUCAAUCGAAAAGGGUGAUCUGGCUGACGUUGCAGCUCCGAGCCACGCGCAGUCGCAGUUAGCUCCUGCUGACGGACUCCGACAGUUUCCGGUCGCACGUGGUCGACAGACCACAACCGCAUGUGGCUCUGAGGUUGAACAGCCAGCCAAUGCCUAUGACAGCGUGGUUGCCAUGCUCCAGAGCUGGCUCGUAGGUGGCAUCUCCCUGGUUCUGAUUUAUGGCGCAGCCCUGGUCGCUGCCGUCGCAAACCCAUUGACGAAGAGGCGGCUGGAGGUCCGCGCCGAGGCGCGCGCCUUGUCGGACGCGAGACUCGCAAGCUCAUGCAAGUCUCACCAACUCCCAUUGCUGAAGGUGCUGCUACUGCAGAGACGAGUGCGCAAACGAGCCGCCAGUGUUCUUGCAACUGUGCAACAGAGGGGGCGAGAGGAACUCUCAGGUGCAAGCCCACUGCUCGUUGCAGCGGCCCUCGGCUGCGCCCUGCUGGUCUCGCGAGCCUUCGUCUGCGGGCCUUCUUCAAGAGCUGCGCCCCAGGUGGAUGCUCGCGUCUUGGGUGCCACCUUCGCUGGGCUGGCUCCUCUGGCAGUUGAGCAGCCUGCAAACGCCUACGACAGUGUGGUUGCCAUGCUCCAGAGCUGGCUGGUAGGCGGAAUUUCCCUUGUUCUGAUCUAUGGAGCAGCCUUGGUGGCAGCUGUUGCAAACCCAUUGACGAAGAGGCGCCUCGAGGUCAGGGACCAGGCCGACACUACAUCACAAGCGCUUCUGUUCGCUUGCGGUUCGCCCUCGCGGUUCGCCUUGCGGUUCGCUCUUGCGGCUCGCUUGACGGCCGCUCCUCAUCUCCCAUCAGCCCAGACUGGGAGCAGGUGGAUGCCAUGCGCAAGUGAGCAGUGA